AGAGAGAGAGAAAGAGAGGGAGAGACGUCUUGGGGAGAGCAAGCGAGCGAUUGGCGUCGGCCCGCUGCUUCGUCGUCGCUUCCGAGUCGGGGGACGACGGAAUGUGUGCGUGUGACGUGAGCGUAUCCUGAUCGGUUCGUCGCCACCGCACGAAGAGAGAGGCACCCGAGUUGAAUUGAUUGUUGUUGCUGCUGCUGCUGCUGUCGUCUUGCGUGAUCUAAAUUGGAGGGAGGCGGAAGAAAGAAGAAGGGGGUGUCUCGAGUUUUCGUUCCACGAUUCGGAGCGGGGAAGAUGGAGGGGGCGGUUGCCAACGGCGGCGUUGCAUUCGGCUCGCCGGCGGGUCCCGAGAAGGUCAUCAUCGACACUGAUCCCGGGAUCGAUGAUAGCAUGGCAAUCUUCAUGGCAUUUCAAGCUCCUGAGGUGGAGAUCUUGGGAUUCACGACUAUAUUUGGUAAUGUUACAACAGAAAUUGCCACUCGCAAUGCCUUGUUUUUGUGUGAAAUAGCUGGACGUCCAGGUGUUCCUGUAGCUGAAGGCAGCCGUGAGCCUUUAAAGGGGGGAAUUCCAAGUGUUGCUGACUUUGUCCACGGUUCUGAUGGUAUGGGCAACAUAUGUUUACCUCCUCCCAAUGCAAAGAAGGUUGAGAAGAGUGCCUCAGAGUUUUUAGUUGAUAAGGUCUCUGAGUUUCCGGGUGAAGUAUCUGUACUUGCGCUUGGACCCCUGACAAACUUAGCCUUGGCAAUCAAAAGGGAUGCUUCCUUUUCAAGCAAGGUGAAGAAACUCGUUGUGCUUGGUGGUUCUUUCUUUGCAUUGGGAAAUGUAAAUCCUGCUGCAGAAGCAAACAUUUUUGGGGAUCCAGAAGCUGCUGAUGUUGUGUUUACUUCCGGUGCUGAAAUUGUUGUUGUGGGGAUAAACAUCACAACCCAAGUGAAACUAACGGAUGCCGACCUGCUUGAUUUGAGGCUAUCAAAGGGAAAGCAUACUCAAAUUCUCAGUGAUAUGUGCAAGUUUUACAGAGAUUGGCAUGUUGAGUCCGAUGGGGUCUAUGGAAUUUUCCCUCAUGACCCCGUAAGUUUCAUGGCGCUAGUUCGCCCCGAUCUUUUCACUUACAAACGUGGAGUUGUGAGGGUGGAGACGCAAGGAAUCUGCACGGGCCACACUUUGAUGGAUCAAGGUCUAAAGAGAUGGAACUCGAGCAACCCCUGGUCGGAGUAUACUCCGGUUUCGGUCGCGUGGACAGUCAAUGUGGAUGAGGUCGUCAGCUGCAUCAAGAAGUAUCUGAUGAAACAGUGAAAGCCCGUUGUAAAUCCAUCUCCAAAACGAUGUAAAACUCUACUAAGAUGCUCUCUCUUCCCUUAUUUUUACAAUCGCAAAUCCUUUGCCUUUCAA